AUGUCUUCUUCGUCUGGAUACCAGGCUAUGCCAGGCUGGUACUGGCCUGAUGACGCGCCGAAGACAGAACCCGCCCACGCGACAUCCUCCUCCACAGGUUCCACAUCGCAACCGCCACCUUCAGCCACCUCCAAUACUAGCGAUAACUCUUCAUCGCAGUCGCGCAGCUCAACACGUACCCACUGGCCGCCCAGACAAUGCAGGAUCUGCCUCGAGACAGUUCAGCCGACAUUCAAUGUUCCCUCGCAAAGCCUUCCUGGCUUCUUACAGUCGUCCAGCGUUGUGUACGAAGAUGAAAGUGGCCGUUUGAUCCGCCCAUGUAUGUGUAAGGGAUCAUCCAAGUAUGUCCAUGAAGCUUGUUUGCAAGCUUGGAGGCAUGCAGACCCCAGCUAUGGGCGUAAGAACUACUGGCUGUGUCCCACUUGUGGCUUCAAGUACCGACUUGCGCGUCUAGGAGUUGGGCGCUUUAUAGGCAGUGUUGCUGCUCAGGUUGGUUUGACUGCCAUUAUAUUGAUAUCCAUCGUGUUUGUCCUCGGCUUCGUUGCAGAUCCCAUCAUCAACCUGUAUCUGGAUCCAUGGAGCUUUUUAUCACCCUUCUCCGCGUCGGAACCUGACUACGCUUAUUACUACGAAGACGAGUCGUCCACCUGGUACGAGCAUUUCGCGAAAGGCUUUGCUAGCAUGGGUGUACUUGGCUUCUUGAAAGUAUUGAUCGCCAGCCCGCUAUCUUACUUCAGGAUCGGAGGCGGUCGGGGUCGAACAACUGGUCGAGACAGAUAUGAGCAGGUCAGCUGGAUCAUCAUUCUCAUCGGUGUUGGCACGUUUCUAGCGGCAGUCUACAAAGGAGUCCGUGUAUGGAGUCGUCGAACGCUUGAGAGAGCUGGCGAGCGCGUCAUGGAUGUCCAAGGUGACAAUGACGAUGAUGACGAAUAG